AUGGCACACCCCUUUAAUGGGAGAGCCCCCUAUACCCCGGACCCCCUUGACCGAGACUUCAGUUGGGAACAGCUAUGGGAACUGGAAAGACAGUUCAAGUUGGAGCCAUACCCAGACCUCGAGGCUCGAAGGGUCCUGGCCACCAGACUCAACCUGAAGGAAGAACAAGUUGAGACUUGGUUCAUCCAGCGUUCCUUGGAGCAGGAGAUGCGCCCUCGCAUUGCCAGGCUACAGCAGUCUGUCCGGCCUAACACCUCUUCCUGUGAGUCCCACAAAGCCCACUGCUGCCGGCCACCGAGCUGGCGGUUCAGGCUCAUUCCCAUCAAUUCCUCGGAGUCUUCAUCCAGCUGUGAACACAAACUCACCAAAAUGCUGGAGGCUUUCCAGAGACUGGGUGAGGGGGGUGGUGUUCCAUCCCUCAACACUUGGGUGUCAAGACACAUGGCGCUGGACGAGAAAUAG